ACCGCGCCCCGAGCGGAGGAAGCGAGACAGAACUCGGCGAACCUGCUUUUGAGAGAGAGAGAGCGAGCGAGAGAGAAAAAGAAAGAAAGAAAGAAAAAAAAGAGUGAGAAAGUGAGGGAGGUCGCUUUCACACGUCAGUCUGAUCCGCGCGCUUUGUGAGGCUGCAGAGAAUUUGCUCCGACGCGAAACGUACAUCGGCUGAGGCGCUGAAGCUACUAGCGAGCAAAAUCCUAGCGUCUGCAACGAGUAGCAGCAACGAUGUCGGACGCGGGCAAGUUCCUCUAUGUUGACCGCAAUCUGAUCAACAACCCACUGGCACAGGCCGACUGGGCCUCCAAGAAGCUGGUAUGGGUGCCAUCAGAGAGGCUGGGAUUCGAGGCAGGAUCCAUCAAGGAGGAGCGGGGUGAGGAGUGUCUGGUGGAGCUGGCUGACUCGGGCAAGAAGAUCAAGGUCAACAAGGAUGACAUCCAGAAGAUGAACCCGCCCAAGUUCAGCAAAGUCGAAGACAUGGCUGAGCUCACCUGCCUGAACGAGGCCUCUGUGCUGCACAACCUGAAGGAGAGAUACUACUCGGGGCUCAUCUACACAUACUCAGGGCUCUUCUGUGUAGUGAUCAACCCCUACAAGAACCUGCCCAUCUACUCAGAGGAGAUUGUGGACAUGUACAAGGGAAAGAAGCGACAUGAGAUGCCUCCCCACAUCUACGCCAUCACUGACACAGCCUACCGCAGCAUGAUGCAGGAUCGCGAAGACCAGUCCAUCCUCUGCACAGGGGAGUCAGGAGCUGGCAAGACAGAGAACACAAAGAAGGUUAUCCAGUACUUGGCGCAUGUAGCAUCGUCCCACAAAACCAAAAAGGACCAGAAUACUGCAGUCCUGUCCCAUGGAGAGCUGGAGAAACAACUGCUUCAGGCAAACCCCAUCCUAGAAGCCUUUGGUAAUGCCAAGACCGUGAAGAAUGACAACUCAUCUCGAUUUGGGAAGUUCAUCAGAAUCAAUUUUGAUGUCAACGGUUACAUAGUUGGUGCAAACAUUGAGACCUACCUGCUUGAGAAGUCCCGUGCCAUCCGGCAGGCCAAGGAAGAGAGGACCUUCCACAUGUUCUACUACAUGUUGUCAGGGGCUGGGGAUAAACUGCGUUCGGAGCUCUGCCUGGAGGGCUUCAGUAACUACAGAUUCCUUUCCAAUGGCCACGUAACCAUCCCCGGCCAGCAAGACAAGGACCUCUAUGUGGAGACCAUGGAGGCCAUGAGGAUCAUGAGCAUCCCUGAGGAUGAGCAGAUGGGUAUGCUGAAGGUUGUGUCUUCAGUGCUUCAGCUGGGCAAUAUGAGCUUUAAGAAGGAGCGCCACUCUGACCAGGCCUCUCUGCCUGACAACACAGCUGCCCAGAAAGUUUGCCACUUGUUGGGGAUGAACGUGACAGACUUCACGCGUUCCAUCCUGAGCCCACGCAUCAAGGUGGGCCGUGACUACGUGCAGAAGGCUCAAACACAGGAACAGGCUGAGUUUGCAGUGGAGGCCCUGGCAAAAGCUACGUACGAGCGACUCUUCCGCUGGCUUGUCAUGCGCAUCAACAAGGCUCUGGAUAAGACGAAGCGCCAGGGCGCAUCCUUCAUCGGCAUCCUUGACAUCGCCGGCUUUGAGAUUUUUGAGCUGAACUCCUUUGAGCAGCUGUGCAUCAACUACACCAACGAGAAGCUACAGCAGCUCUUCAACCACACAAUGUUCAUCCUGGAGCAGGAGGAGUACCAACGAGAGGGCAUCGAAUGGAGCUUCAUUGACUUCGGCCUGGACCUGCAGCCCUGCAUCGACCUCAUUGAGAAGCCUGCUAGUCCGCCAGGCAUCCUGGCCCUCCUGGAUGAGGAGUGUUGGUUUCCCAAGGCCACAGACAAGAGCUUUGUGGAGAAGGUGGUCCAGGAGUUGGGCACCCACCCCAAAUUCCACAAGCCCAAGAAACUCAAGGAUGAGGCUGACUUCUGUAUCAUUCACUAUGCUGGGAAGGUGGACUACAAAGCAGAUGAGUGGCUGAUGAAGAACAUGGACCCUUUAAAUGACAAUGUGGCAACACUGCUCAACCAGUCCUCAGACAAAUUUGUAUCUGAAUUAUGGAAAGAUGUGGACCGCAUCGUGGGCUUGGACAAGGUGGCCGGCAUGUCUGAGUCGAUCCCUGGGGCCUUCAAAACGCGCAAGGGCAUGUUCCGCACGGUGGGCCAGUUGUAUAAGGAGCAGCUGUCCAAGCUGAUGGCCACGCUGAGGAACACCAACCCCAACUUUGUUCGCUGCAUCAUCCCCAACCACGAGAAGAAGGCAGGUAAGUUGGACCCUCACCUGGUUCUGGAUCAGCUGAGGUGUAACGGUGUUCUGGAGGGAAUCCGCAUCUGCAGGCAGGGCUUUCCCAACCGUAUCGUCUUCCAGGAGUUCAGGCAGAGAUAUGAGAUCCUCACUCCUAAUGCCAUUCCUAAGGGCUUCAUGGAUGGCAAACAGGCCUGCGUGCUCAUGAUCAAAGCCUUGGAGCUAGACCCCAACCUGUACCGGAUUGGACAGAGUAAGGUAUUUUUCCGAGCUGGUGUGCUGGCUCACCUUGAGGAGGAGCGGGAUAUGAAGAUCACCGAUGUCAUCAUCAGCUUCCAGGCCUGGUGCCGUGGCUAUUUAGCCCGAAAGGCUUUUGCCAAGAGGCAACAGCAGCUCACUGCCAUGAAGGUGAUCCAGAGGAACUGUGCUGCCUACCUGAAGCUCAGGAACUGGCAGUGGUGGAGGCUGUUUACUAAGGUGAAGCCCCUGCUGCAAGUGAGCAGACAGGAAGAGGAGAUGCAGGCCAAGGAUGAGGAGCUAUCCAAGAUGAAGGAGAAACAGCAACACACAGAGAUUCAGCUGAAGGAGAUGGACACCAAAUAUCAGCAGCUGAAUACAGAGAAGAUGGCCUUGCAGGAACAGCUGCAGGCAGAGACAGAGCUGUGUGCCGAGGCUGAGGAGAUGCGUGCUCGCUUGGCUGCCAAGAAACAGGAGCUGGAGGAGAUUCUGCAUGACCUGGAGGCACGGGUGGAAGAGGAGGAGGAACGGGCUUCACAGCUUGCAAGUGAGAGGAAGAAGAUGCAGCAGAACAUUGCGGAUCUGGAGCAACAGCUGGAUGAAGAGGAGGCUGCCAGACAGAAGCUCCAACUGGAAAAGGUCACCUUGGAGGCUAAGGUCAAGAAGAUUGAGGAUGAUGUUAUGGUGCUGGAUGACCAGAACAGCAAACUUUCCAAGGAGAAGAAGCUUUUUGAGGAAAGAAUUGCUGAAUUCACCACAAACCUGGCAGAGGAAGAAGAAAAGUCCAAGAGUCUGCAGAAACUGAAGAACAAACAUGAAGCAAUGAUCACUGACCUGGAGGACCGUCUCCGUAAGGAGGAGAAGCUGCGACAGGAGCUGGAGAAGAACAGGCGCAAAUUGGAAGGAGAUUCCACUGAGCUGCAUGACCAGAUCGCUGAGCUACAGGCACAGAUUGCUGAGCUUCGUGCCCAGCUGGCAAAGAAAGAGGAAGAGCUCCAGGCAGCCUUAGCAAGAAUUGAAGAGGAGGCAGCCCAGAAAAACCUUGCACAGAAAAAGAUCCGGGAGCUGGAGGCACAGCUGUCGGAACUACAGGAGGACCUGGAGUUGGAGCGUCAGGCACGUGCCAAGGCUGAGAAGCACCGGCGAGACCUAGGGGAGGAGCUUGAGGCUCUGAAGACAGAGCUGGAGGACACACUGGACACUACUGCAGCACAGCAAGAGCUCAGGGCAAAGCGUGAGAUGGAGGUCACGCAGCUAAAGAAGGCUCUUGAGGAAGAUGCCAAAGUCCACGAGCAACAGUUGGCGGAAAUACGGCAGAAGCACGGCCAGGCCUUCGAUGAGCUUAAUGAGCAGCUGGAGCAGGCCAAGAGGAACAAGGUAUCAGCAGACAAGGCCAAACAGGCCCUGGAGAGCGAGCGCAAUGAACUGGCCAUUGAGCUGCAGGGGCUUAUGCAGAGCAAGGGAGAUUUGGAACACCGCAGAAAGAAGGCAGAGACUCAGCUGCAGGAGUUGCAAGUCAAGUGUGCUGAGAGCGAGAGGCAACGUGUAGAGCUGUCCGAACGGGUCACCAAGAUGCAGACUGAGCUGGAGAACUCCAAUGCCUUACUUAAUGAUGUGGAAAGCAAGUCAAUCAAGGCUAUCAAGGACUGUUCCAACGUGGAGUCGCAACUGCAGGAUGUACAGGAGGUGCUCCAGGAGGAAACGAGGCAGAAGCUGUCCCUGUCUACCCGUCUCCGACAGUUGGAGGAUGAGCAGAACAGUCUGCGAGAGCAACUGGAGGAGGAGGAAGAGGGCAAGAGGAAUGCUGAGAAGCAGGUUGUCUCUCUGCAGGCUCAGCUAGCUGAGAUGAGGAAGAAGAAUGAGCAGGAGACAGGCGCUCUGGAGAACGCAGAGGAAGGACGCAAGCGGGUGCAACGUGAUUUGGAAGGCGUUAGUCAAAGGCUGACUGAGAAGUGCUCUGCCUUUGACAAAUUGGAGAAGACCAAGAACCGUCUACAGCAGGAGCUUGAUGACCUUCUGGUGGAUCAGGACCACCUGAGGCAGAUUGUCUCCAACCUGGAGAAGAAGCAGAAGAAGUUUGAUCAGAUGCUGGCUGAGGAGAAGUCAAUCUCAAGCCGCUAUGCAGAGGAACGUGACCGGGCAGAGGCUGAGGCCAGGGAGAAGGAGACGAGGGCCUUGGCACUGACCCGUGACCUAGAAACACUCAUGGACCAGAAGGAUGAGCUGGACCGGGCCAACAAGCUGCUCCGUGCAGAGAUGGAGGACUUGGUCUCUUCCAAGGAUGAUGUUGGCAAAAGUGUGCAUGAGCUGGAGAAGUCAAAGAGAGCCAUGGAGCAGCAGCUGGAAGAGAUGAAGACCCAGCUGGAGGAGCUGGAGGAUGAGUUGCAGGCCACAGAAGAUGCCAAGCUGAGGCUGGAGGUCAACAUGCAGGCCAUGAAGGCCCAGUUUGAACGUGACCUGCAGGGUCGCGAUGAGAUGGGCGAGGAGAAGAAGAGGCAGCUGGUCAAGCAGGUGCGGGAGAUGGAGAUGGAACUGGAGGAUGAACGGAAGCAGCGCACAGUUGCUGUGGCAGCCCGCAAGAAGCUAGAGCUGGAUCUGAAGGAACUUGAAGCGGCUAUUGACACAGCCAACAAGAACCGCGAAGAUGCACUCAAGCAGCUGAAGAAACUGCAGGCCCAGAUGAAGGAUGUUCUUCGCGAACUGGAUGACACCCGUCUGUCCCGUGAAGAGAUCCUUGCCCAGUCCAAGGAGAACGAGAAGAAGCUGAAGAGCAUGGAGGCUGACAUGAUUCAGCUCCAAGAGGAGCUGGCUGCAGCCGAAAGGAUGAAGAAACAGGCUCAGCAGGAGAGAGACGAGCUGCAGGAUGAGAUCAACAACCAGGCUGGAAAGAACUCCCUGAACUCGGAAGAGAAGAGGAGGCUAGAUGCUCGCAUUGCUCAGCUGGAGGAGGAGUUGGAGGAGGAGCAGAGCAACAUGGAGCUCCUAAAUGACCGCCUGAAGAAGGCCCUACUGCAGGUGGACCAGAUGAAUGUAGAGCUGACAGCAGAGCGAAGCGCCUCCCAGCGCCUGGAAGGAGCUCGCUCUCAGAUGGAGCGCCAGAACAAGGAGCUGAAGCUCAAGCUGCAGGAGAUGGAGGGUGCAGUAAAAAGCAAAUACAAGGCCUCUCUUGCUGCCCUGGAGGCCAAGAUCGCUCAGCUGGAGGAGCAGGUGGACAUCGAGACCCGGGAGAGGCAGCAGGCCUCCAAGCUGGUUCGCCGCACAGAGAAGAAGCUGAAGGAGGUCAUCCUCCAGGUGGAUGAUGAGAGACGGAACUCGGAGCAGUACAAAGACCAGACAGAGAAGCUGAACAUCCGGAUGAAGCAACUGAAACGGCAACUGGAGGAGGCGGAGGAAGAGGCUCAGCGGGCAAAUGCCAACCGCAGGAAGCUGCAAAGGGAGCUCGAGGAUGCCACAGAGUCGGCGGAUGCCAUGAACCGCGAAGUCAGCAGCCUGAAGAGCAAGCUCAGGAGAGGCGAUUUGCCUUUUGCUGGCAUGAGGCGCAUAGUGAGUCGCGGAGGUGCUGAAAGUGACGAGGAGAGUGAAGUCAAGAGCGAAGCCUCAGAGCCCAAACCUGAGUGAUCAACCCAUUGCAGAGGUCAUGCAGUGCCACCCUCCUUUAUGCUGCAGCAACUUGUUCCACACAGAUGCUCUUACUAUAGAUGCAGAUUUGACUCCUAACGACUAUGCAGAACAUACUGUAACACACACACAUGAACAAUACUGUACACCAUACCGCAAUACAUUCAUUAGCUGAACAUUAUCCUUUCCUGCCUUGGUCUCUGACAAUCUUCCUUGUAUGAGAGACACACUUGAGACAAUCAAGGAUAAACAGACACAUGAAUAUGGGCCAAAUUUCAUUUCCCCCUUCCUCUGAUAUUUUGAAUAUGAAUAUUUUUAUAAUGAAACAUUCCAGUAAUUCCUGUUUCUGGCUCUAUUUUUCUAAAUGAAUUAUGAAGUUAAAGGAGGAAGCAAAAGCACGAGACCAAAGUAAUAUUGCAAUCUAGGAUUUGUAUUUUUAUUCUGUUUUGUAAUGGUUUAAGUAUGAAAAUACGUUUUCUCUGUACCUCUUUAUAAUGCGGGUUUAUGUGCAGAGCUGUACUGUAUUUAAAUUAGCCGCAGUUAGCAUUGUGCUACUCCAUAUAUGCAAUAAUACUUGGGGCUUAAACUUCAUGUGCAUACAUCUAUAGAAACAUGCAGGUGUGCAAAAAAUUUUAUAAGGCUUACUACAUGUGCAUGUGUGACUGUGCUGAAGCUUUGCACUGAGCAAACUGUUUCCUUUGACUUUGAUUAAUGAAGCUAUGCAGCCAUGCAUUGCAUUGAUUUGCAGAAUUAGAACAGUGCGACGAAGGGACAGUUACAGUCAAAGUAAAGGAAUACAAAGAUUGUCCUGUGCACAUGGUUAAAAAAAAAAAAAAAAAAAUGCCAACAUACACUAUAGCCUUAAACCAGUUAAAUUCUGUUGGUAGUUCCUGAUGUGUAAUUUUAUAGCUAAUUCAUUACUAUCUUUUUAAAAAUACAUGAGGCAGGGAUAAUUGGGUAGUUGUUACAGCACACACUGUACUGCCUGAGCACAGCUUGCUGGGAGCAGGUGGGUUUUACAUGGGGCUUGAUGGUAGAGGGAAGUAAUUUUUGGCUGAGUCAGUACAAGCCUACAGUGGAAGCACUCUUCAUCCAGGUCACUGUUCUUGCUCAAUGCAUCUGUCCAGGGUUUUACUUCCAGAAUUAUUUGAUGUUUAAAAUAAAUAAAAGCCAGUCCAACUAAGUGUGGCUCAUGGAGGUUUGCAGUGGAAGGAUUGUUGGCAAGCUGUGCUCGGUUUAAGCUUUCAUUCACACUGUUAUUGGGAAGGGGGACAAAUUGAUGUGUAAUCUUGCAUUUAAAAAAAAAAAAAAAAAAAACCCCUAGUUUGUAUUGUUCCUUUAUAUGCAGCUCGGAAAUAAAUAUUGCAAUAAAGAUGGCUUUCUCAACUGU